AAGUCACAGCCCAGCUCUGAGGGGGGGGGAGAGGGGAGGGCUGGGAGGUGAGGGAGGAAGGCAGGCAGGGGGGUGUCCUGGAGGGAAGGGCCCUGCCAGGCACGGGUUCAGAAGGGGUGGUUUGGAGCUGGUUGGCGCGGGGGAGGGGAGGCAAUGAGAUUGGCAGCAGAAGAAAGAGAGGGGCUAAUUGGUGGGCUGGCAUCCAGAGCAGGUGGGCGGGAUCUCAUAACAACAAUAAUAACAAUAAUUUGUCUGAGCUUCAUAGCGGCUGGGCCCUGUCUGCCCCUGUGCUAAUUGGAUCGCUCAAGGGCCGGGCUCCGGCGGGCUGGGGGAGGCCCGUUCUUCAUCUUCAGGAAUGGGCGAGGUCACACAGAGGCUGUGGGGAGAAACUUGGGGGCUGGGAGGGAGCAUGGGGGGUAGGCGGGUCUCCGAAGGUGUCACAGUGCAGAAUCUGGCUUUCUCCACAGCAAGUGGGAGGUGGGUCGGGGGCUGCAGCCCUUCCCCCACACCUCUGAGAUCCUGGGUGUAGGACCCGUAAGCCACAGGCCCCCAGGGUCUGACUGGAGGGCUCAGCAGCUCCUUGAGUGGGUGAGUGAGUGAGUGAGUGAGCGAAUGAGUGAGCUAGUGAAUGAAUGAAUGAAUGAGCCAGCGAGUGAAUGAGUGGGUGAGCGAGUGAGUGAAUGAGUGAGUGAGCAAGUGAAUGAGCGAGUGAAUGAGUGAGUGAGUGAGUGGAUGGGAGAGGAAGGGCCUGGGUACGUGUAGUGAACACCCUUCCUAACUCUUCACAAGGACCCCUGGCUCCUCCCUGCCUUGUGUGCUCACCCCUGGGGCACCUGCUGGUCAUCCCAGGGAGGAUCACAGUGCAGGGCAGUGGCCGGCAGGGCCCAGCUUCCAGGCCAGGGUAGCAGCACUGUGGGCCGUGACCUCACCCCGAUAGUUUGCUUAAAUCCCCUGGGAGGUGGUGUAACCCGGGAGUGUGCCCUGCUCCUGGCUCACCCCUGACUGGCAGGUCCAGCGGGAAACCUCCUGACCCCUCAAAAGUCAGAACAAGAAGGUGCAUCAUUUUUUGAGAGCACGAGUGAGCACACACAAGCUGGGGGAGGGGCACAGAGAAAGAGGGGGAGAGAGAGAAUCCCAGGCAGGCUCUGUGCGGUCAGCAGAGAGCCUGACUCGGGGCUCGAACCCACGAACUGUGAAAUCAUGACCUGAGCUGAAACCAAGAGUCGGCGCUCAACAGACUGAGCCUCCCAGGUGCCCCAGAAGAUGCAUCUUUGUCUUUCCAAGGCCUCUGCAAAUCCUCUGUGAAAACAUGGUUUCCUGCUGUGUUUGGAUUAACGUGCAGACUCCUGGCCAGGGCCUGUGUGACCUGUAUGCGCUCGCCCUCAUUGCCCCUAAUGCUUCAUCUGCUGCCCCCAGGGCAGGCUCCAUAAUUUUUGGGACUCUGCAAAAUGAAGAGGUGAGCCCCUUGCUUGUGCAAAAAGCAGGAAAAAAGCUUUUUCCUUUCUUCUGGGAUCUCGUGAUCUGUCAGAGUGAUUUCACUUGGUAUUUGCCGUUGAGCUCCCUCCACGUGGAGAUGCCCACGGGAGCCCACACCCUCUCUGCCCGGGUUUCUCAGGCACAGGGCGUGGCCCGGCUCCAAUUGCCCGGUGCACACUUCCUUGUCCUGUCACACUUGAUGUGCCAAACACAGAUGCAGAGAAAAUUACUGGGGUUUCAGGACAGUGCCUGGGCUCAGGGCCUCUUUCCGACUGGCAUCCCUGCUGAGGCCCCUCAGGCACACUCCUCUGGCCCUCUCUGCUUCCCGCGGGAGGCAGAGCACCUCCAGGCCUGGCCAGGGAGUCUGGGUGGCCCUCGUUCCUUUAUAUCAGGGUUGGCACACAUUUUCUGUAAUGAGCCAGAAGGUAAAUAUUUUGGGCUUUACAGGCCAAGGGGCAUGAUUGAGGAUGUGGCGUAGCUACUUAGAUAUGUUUUAAAGGGUGACCAUUAAAACACUCAGGUGAAACCCAUUGGUAGCAGGGGGUAGCUGAUGGGCGGGCGGACCAUGACUAUGACUCCCUCUCAGUCCGGUCUGUCCCACAAAGAGGCCUAUUCCAGUGGUCUGUGGGGGAGGUAAGAGUUUCCCCUGCCCUCUUAGGGUUUCCUGCUGUGACUAAAACACAUCAAUGGGAGAAAAGCACGCGGAUUGUGUUUCCACAAACACGGGAGCCCAAGCAAGAGAAGUGAACACCCAGAGAAGUUCGGAGGCCAAGGUGCUGCAGCCCCUGGAGGACAGAAGGGUCCCCCUGGAGGGGACUGGAGGACAGAAGGGGACCCAGACAUGGAGCUUCGGGAAGAGGCCUGGUCUCCGGGGCCGCUGGAUUCCGAGGACCAGCAGAUGGCCAGUCAUGAGAACCCAGUGGACAUCCUCAUCAUGGAUGAUGACGACGUCCCCAGCUGGCCCCCCACCAAGCUGUCCCCGCCCCAGUCGGCGCCCCCCGCCGGCCCCCCGCCCCGGCCGCGGCCCCCGGCCCCCUAUAUCUGCAACGAGUGCGGCAAGAGCUUCAGCCACUGGUCCAAGCUGACGAGGCACCAGCGCACGCACACGGGCGAGCGGCCCAACGCCUGCGCCGACUGCGGCAAGACCUUCUCGCAGAGCUCGCACCUGGUGCAGCACCGGCGCAUCCACACGGGCGAGAAGCCGUACGCCUGCUCCGAGUGCGGCAAGCGCUUCAGCUGGAGCUCCAACCUCAUGCAGCACCAGCGCAUCCACACGGGCGAGAAGCCCUACGCCUGCCCCGACUGCGGCCGUAGCUUCACGCAGAGCAAGAGCCUGGCCAAGCACCGGCGCUCGCACAGCGGCCUCAAGCCCUUCGUGUGCCCGCGCUGCGGCCGCGGCUUCAGCCAGCCCAAGAGCCUGGCGCGCCACCUGCGGCUGCACCCGGAGCUGUCGGGGCCCGGCGUGGCGGCCAAGGUGCUGGCGGCCAGCGUGCGCCGGGCCAAGGCGCCCGAGGAGGCGGCGGCGGCGGACGGCGAGAUCGCCAUCCCGGUGGGCGACGGCGAGGGCAUCAUCGUGGUGGGCGCGCCCGGCGAGGGGGCCGCGGCGGCCGCCGCCAUGGCGAGCGCGGGGGCCAAGGCGCCGGGGCCCCGCUCGCGGCGCGCCCCGGCCCCCAAGCCGUACGUGUGCGUGGAGUGCGGGAAGGGCUUCGGGCACGGGGCGGGGCUCCUGGCCCACCAGCGCGCCCAGCACGGGGACGGGCUCGGGGCGGCGGGGGGCGAGGAGCCCGCGCACAUCUGCGUGGAGUGCGGCGAGGGCUUCGUGCAGGGCGCGGCGCUGCGGAGACACAAGAAGGUGCACGCCGUGGGCGCGCCGUCCGUCUGCAGCCGCUGCGGACAGAGCUACUACCGGGCGGGCGGGGACGACGACGACGACGACGACCACGAGGCGGCGGGGGGGCGCUGCAGCGAGUGCCGCGGCGGGGAGGGCCGGUAGGGGCGGAAGCCCGGGGGGGGUGGGGCAGGGCCCCUCGGGCUUGGCGGGGACGACGGUCGGCGCAGGACCCGGAGGAGGCGGAGACACGGACAGAGGCGGCGGGGGGCGGUGGCCUCCUCGUCUCGCUCCCCUGCGCCGCCCCGCGGUCGGCGCGGUGCAUCGGGCGCCCCCGCCCUGCACUCUGCCCCCGGCCUGGCCCGCCCUCCCGGUUCUCUUCUCGGUGAGUCCGGGACAGAGCGUGCGGAGAACUGGAGACCGGAGACCGAGAGAGAGCGGCCCCUGGCCCCUCUUCCUCUUCCCCCGCCGCCUGGGGCGCUCGCGAGGGAUGGAGAGCAGCCGGGCCCCUCCCGUGCAGGGGAGCCUGGGGAGGGAAGGGAGAGAGGGCCCUUUUCCCUUUAGAGUUUUCGUUUAAUCGCGCCCGCCCCCUGACUCCCCCUUUCCGUUGUUUUUUUUUCUCUUCUCCGCGGGUCCUGUUUUUCUUGGCCCUCGUCCCUCCUCCCCUUCCUGGGUUUGGGGUCGUGGAGGAGCGCUGGAGCAGGACUAGCCCCUGUUCCCAGGGUAGCCCUCAGAGAAUGGGGUCCCGUCUAUUCCCGGGCCUGGACGGGGCUGAAGGAGGGGUGCGGGGGCAAUAAAUCGCACUAUCUGAUUGUC